AAAAAUGCAACCAAACAUAAAAUCGGCUCAUCUAAUUUGCUCAAGGCACAACUAAUCUGUUAUAGUAUUAACAACUUCAUUAUCACCCAUGUCUCAACCACUCCAACACACACACUGCAUUCCUUACUAUAUAAAACCAAGAGUUGAAUUCCAUUUCACUCAAUCCAAAUUACCAUUCUAUUCUCCUUAACCCUUGACCGAAAACAAAUUAAGCACAAAACAUGUCUUUGGGAUCAUCGGCUACUGUUUUCGGUGUUGCAAUGUUGCUUGCCUUUGCACUUAUGACAAUGCCAAUGUGCAUGGCAGACACAGAACCCAUAAAUAUAGUUGAGUUGUACAUGCAUGACAUUCUUGGUGGCAGUAACCCAACAGCACGCCCGGUGACAGGGUUACUAGGCAGCAUAUACAGUGGCCAAGUGCCAUUUGCCACCCCAGUAGGAUUCAACACCCCACAAGGUGGAAUUCCCAUCCCCAAUGCCAAUGGUGCCAUUCCUAAAGUGAAUGGUGUCACUGGAAUUCCAUUAGGCACCGGUUUGGCCGGCACCACCUUUGCACCAAACAACAACAACCAAAACAAUGCACAGUUAGAGAUAGGGCCUGAUGGGUUGGGGCUUGGUUUUGGCACAAUCACUGUGAUUGAUGAUGUGUUGACCUCUCAAAUUGAGUUGGGGUCACAAGUAGUUGGGAAGGCUCAAGGGGUGUAUGUAGCAAGUUCUUCAGAUGGGACUAGGCAGAUGAUGGCAUUCACAGCGCUUUUCGAAGAAGGCGAGUAUGGUGAUAGCUUGAACUUCUAUGGCUUGUACAAGAUAGGAAGCAGCAUGUCACAGUUGUCUGUUUUAGGGGGCACAGGGAAGUUCAAGAAUGCAAAGGGGUUUGCUGAGCUGAGACCUCUUAUCCCACCAGGGCAAGUCUCCACUGAUGGUGCUGAGACACUGCUCAGGAUCACUGUCCAUUUGAACUACUAAACUGUGGUUGUGUGGAUGAAUGCAUGUGUGAAGGCAACUGGGUUCUGUUAUGUUCUGUUUGAUUACAGAUAUGAUUUUAUGAGAUGAUUAAUUGGUCUUGAAUUUUUCUCUUAGAUUUUUCUCAGUUUGGUUGCUGGAUGUAUUUUAAUUAAGUCUUAGUUGUAAUCCCACGAAAAACCUUUUGGUGAGUUGAUUCUUUUGAAUUUGACAACUUGGACUAGGUUGGUUAACGGUGGAUCAAUGGAUUGAUAUAUUGGACAAAUUGAUGAUCACUA